GAGUAGAAAGGAGAGGCCAGGGGUGCCCUGGACCAUGGCAGCCUCCCACCUGGACUUCGGGGAGGUGGAAACUUUCUUGGAUAGGCACCCUGAGUUGUUUGAAGAUUAUUUGAUGCGGAAAGGGAAACAGGAGCUGGUGGACAAGUGGCUACAAAGGCACAGUUCGGGACAGGGGGCUUCAAGCCUGAGGCCUGCCCUGACUGGCGCUAGCAGCUUGGCUCAGGGCAGUGGCAGAGGCAGCACCGGCAUAGGUGGUGGUGCUGGACCACAGGGCUCUGCCAAUAACCAUCCCAUACCUGGUGGUGGGGAAAAUGCCGGAGUUCCCUUGAGUCCCAGUUGGGCUGGUUGCAGCCGGGGGACCGAUGGCAGCCUGCAGAGAAGAGCUUCGCAGAAAGAGCUGCGGAAGAGCUUUGCCCGCUCCAAAGCCAUCCAUGUGAACAGGACCUACGAUGAACAGGUGACCUCACGGGCUCAGGAGCCCUUGAGCAGUGUCCGGCGGAGAGCCCUGCUCAGAAAGGCCAGCUCUCUGCCCCCCACCACAGCUCACAUUCUCAGUGCCCUGUUGGAAUCGAGGGUGAAUCUGCCUCAGUAUCCCCCUACGGCCAUCGACUACAAAUGCCACCUGAAAAAGCAUAACGAGCGCCAGUUUUUCCUGGAAUUGGUCAAGGAUAUCUCCAAUGACCUUGACCUCACCAGCCUGAGCUACAAGAUCCUCAUCUUUGUCUGUCUCAUGGUGGACGCUGACCGUUGCUCUCUCUUCUUAGUGGAGGGAGCAGCUGCUGGCAAGAAGACUUUGGUCUCCAAGUUUUUUGACGUGCAUGCCGGAACCCCACUGCUCCCCUGCAGCAGCACAGAGAACUCAAAUGAGGUGCAGGUCCCCUGGGGCAAAGGCAUCAUUGGCUAUGUCGGGGAACAUGGAGAAACAGUCAACAUUCCCGAUGCCUACCAGGACCGAAGAUUCAAUGAUGAAAUUGACAAGCUAACUGGAUACAAGACAAAAUCACUCUUGUGCAUGCCCAUCCGGAACAGUGACGGUGAGAUUAUUGGUGUGGCCCAAGCGAUAAACAAGAUUCCGGAGGGAGCUCCGUUUACAGAAGAUGAUGAAAAAGUAAGAUUUCAUGCCUAGCCUGACUUGUACUUUCCAUUUUGAUUACUGAUUGCUGCUCUGACAGG